AUGCCACAACCUUUAUCCUCGAAAGAGUCCUCACUCUUUAGGACUGUAGUUCGAAAUUAUGAAGACAAACAGUAUAAGAAAGGUCUGAAAGCUGCCGACCAGAUUCUGAAAAAGAACCCCAAACAUGGAGAUACUUUAGCUAUGAAAGCUUUAAUUUUAAACUCUCAAGGAAAAUCCGAUGAAGCCUUUGCGCUUGCCAAAGUGGCCCUUCAAUGCGAUUUCAAAUCACACGUCUGCUGGCAUGUCUACGGGUUGCUCUACCGCGCGGCCAAAAACUUCGAGGAGGCUAUUAAAGCAUACAAAUUUGCUCUGAAAUUAGAACCAGAAUCGCAGCAGAUUCAAAGAGAUUUGGCACUUCUACAAGUACAAAUGCGCGACUAUUCGGGUUACCUUGCCAGUCGCAGAGCUAUGCUAACUGUUAGGUCUGGUAUACGACAAAAUUGGACCGCGUUAGCUGUAGCACUUCAUCUCAAUGGGGAAUUGGCACAGGCGGAGCAGACCUUGACUACCUAUGAGGAAACUUUGAAGAACCCACCUUCCAAAAUCGAUUUCGAGCAUUCGGAAGCUAUUAUGUACAAGAAUUCGUUGAUCGCGGAACAGGGUGAUAUCAAGAGAGCUUUGGAACAUCUUGAAUCGGAUGGAAAAUACAAUCUUGACAGACUAGCUGUGAUGGAGUUAAGAGCAAAAUACUUGUUCGAGCUUGGGCGAAAAGAAGAAGCUGUGAAGGCGUAUCGCGCGCUGAUCGACCGCAACCAGGAGUACAAGACCUACUAUGAUUCAUUAAUCCAGGCUAUGGAGAUCGAUCCAACCGAUUUGCAGGCUCGAAAAGCUAUUUACGAUGAAUAUGCGGCGAAGUACCCACGUUGUGACGCUGCGCGCCGAUUACCAUUGGACUUCUUAGAAGGUGAGGAGUUUAGAGAGGUCGCAGACAAGUACAUUCAUCGUAUGUUGGAUAAGGGAGUACCCUCUACAUUUGCAAACUUGAAGCAUUUGUAUGCGAAUGAGUCGAAAAAGGAAAUCUUACCAUCUAUCGUCCAGCAAUAUAUUGAAAGUGGAAAGAGUGAAGAAAGUUCAGAACCAAAAAGGGAUGGUGAUACAUCUAAGGGCAAUUCUUCAGCUUACUACUUCCUCGCACAACACUACAACUACUAUUUGAGCCGCGAUCUCGACAAAGCCAUGGAGUAUAUUGAAAAGGCUAUUGAAUUAGAACCCAAGAGUGUAGACUUCCAUAUGACAAAGGCACGCAUAUUUAAGCAUCAAGGAAAUACUCAAAAGGCUUCUGAAAUUAUGGAAGAAGCUCGUAGUCUUGACACUAGGGAUCGUCACAUCAAUACAAAGGCUGCCAAAUAUCAACUCAGGAAUGAUGAAAACGAAAAGGCCGAAAAGACUAUGGGUAUGUUCACAAAAGCCGAUACCGUUGGUGGACCUUUAGCAGAUCUUCAUGAUAUGCAAUGCGUUUGGUUUUUGACAGAAGAUGGAGAGUCUUAUGCUCGUCAAAACAAAAUUGGGUUGGCUCUGAAACGAUUCACAGCAGUGUAUAACAUUUUUGAUGUUUGGUAUGAAGAUCAAUUUGAUUUCCAUUCAUUCUUUUUACGUAAGGGUCAAAUCAGGGCCUACAUAGAUAUGAUGAAGUGGGAAGAUAAAAUCAGAGAACACCCCUUUUAUAGCCGAACAGCUCUUUCAGCAAUCAAAGUCUAUUUAUCUAUGCACGACAAGCCCGCAUCAAAUGGAGUUAAUGGAUCCACGGAUGAUACUCAAGAAGAUGCUAUCGAGCGUAAAAAGGCGGCAAAGAAGGCUAGAAAGGAAGCAGAACGACUUGAAAAAGAAGCGUUGGCUAAGAAAAAUGAACCGAAUAAGCCAAUCAAAGACCAAGAUGGUGAAUUUAAGAAGCAAGAUGAUGAUCCUAAUGGAGAGAAAUUGGCGGCCACUACGGAACCAUUGAAUGAUGCUAUGAAGUUUUUGUCUCCGCUGUUACAGUUUAGCCCGAAGAAUAUUGAGGCGCAAAUUCUUGGGUUUGAGGUACUUAUUCGUCGAAAAAAGUACCUCCUUGCGCUCAAAUGUCUUAUGGCAUCCUCCUCUCUCGAUAAAGAGAAUGAAAGUGUAAAGGAUCAAAAGACGCGUUUUCAAAAGGUUAUAGAGACGGAACUUGAGGGGACAGAUGCGAAGGUUGUGGAGAUUAUUAAGGAGGAAUUUUUUAAGUUGUAG